AUGAAUCAAUCACUUCCACCCAACGUUCACAUCUCCACUCAUCCAUGUCUCCAAGUCAAACUCUCACAGUUGCGAUCCAGCGAGGCCAAUACGCGCGAAACCAAAGCUCUCGUCAAUGACAUCUCAUUGAUAAUAGCAUGUGAAGCCACCGCCGCCGGGCUUAACGUUUCUAAAGGCCCAACCGCCAAAACACCCCUCGGAUACGAAUACACCACCACAACCAUAACCCCCACCACCAUCUCUCUAAUCCCAAUUCUCCGCUCCGGGCUCUCCAUGGUCGAAGCCCUACAAACGGUCCUCCCAGCCCCCGCCCCCAUCCACCACCUCGGUCUCUUCCGUGAACCCACCACGCUCGAACCCGUCGAAUACUACAACAAUCUCCCCUACCACGCGCCUCCCGCUACCUCCCCCUCCAACACCCCCAAUGCCUCCGCCUCGGAACUGGCCAUCUUGCUCGAUCCCGUCAUUGCGACCGGAGGUACUUGUGCCGCGGCCAUUCGUACGUUGAGGGAAUGGGGCGUCCAGAGAAUUAUUGUCUUGAGUGUGUUGGCUGCGCUGCCGGGCUUGCGUCAUGCGGCUAGUGAGUGGCCCGAGGGAACGGAGAUUUGGUGUGCGGGGGUGGAUGAGGAGGUUAAUGACAAGGGGAUGAUCAAGCCGGGAUUGGGAGAUGUGGGCGAUAGGUUGUUCUUGACGAUUGGGAAGUGA